CAUCAGCAGCACCUUCAGCAGCAGCAGCAGCAGCAGCAGCAACAUCUGCUCCAUCACACACACUCUUCGUACGAACCGUCGCUGCAGGGUAUACUGCUUACCUCGACCUCGCUGCAGGCCGACUCACCGCAGUCGCAGCAUCUCGGUCCGGCGCGCACCUCGCUAGAUUCGGAGCGACGGGCCCCGUUCGCCGAAUCGGAAUCGAUCUCGUCGAAGCACACGUCAGCACUGGCGAGCUACUGGGUCUGUCUGACCGAGCGGAUGAGCUCGCUGAUCUGCAAAUGCUGCGAGCGUACGCUACCGCCGGCGGAAAGCGUCUAGUGUCUACCGACGGGGGGGAGGCUGGUGAGCUGUGUACCGGCGGUGUACCGGACUAGCAGCAGUAGUGUAGUACGCCCGUAGUACGCCCAAACGUGGGUCGUGUUUUAACUUACACUGUGGCAUGCUCGCUCUGUUCACCAGGUGUAUGUACGCGUAUGUUUGUGUAAGUCGAAGUUUUAUUAUUUUCGCUAGCAAUUACUAAACUAGCUGACUAUCUGACUAGCAGUAGUACGUGGUGACGUCAUUAUUUCUUCUGAUAUGUUUUGUUUGUCUUAAGCUGAUACACCACGUGUGUUUGUUUCUCUAAGUUGUAUCAAAGUUUACAUUUUUUAUCAUCCUGACUUUAAGUUUUCUAAUACGCGAGCUUAAUUCAGCCCGAAACUGUUGAAGUCGCAUGAAGCUAGAAAUGGAUGAGUAGGUGAAAUUAGUUUUAGACGAAAAAAAAAACACAUGCCAAAACAUAGGAAAAAUAUAUUUAAAAAACAAACUCGAACAUAAUAAUGGAGAAAAAAACAUUACAAAAACGCGUAUGGCGUAUAUAUUAUGGUGGCUAAGAACAAAGAACAAACAAAAAUGAACUGAAUGUUAGUCCCCUUGGAGAGGAACCAGUGGCGCAAACAAAAAGAAAGAAGACAAAAAUAAUAAUAGGAAAAUACAAAACCCGAUUGUUGUACACACGAUUGAACUCUGUAUUGAAUGCUUUACUUCUCUACUCCCUGCCCUUUAAACUCUAACGACUUUACGAGAAAACGGUAGCAAAACCAAAACUCCAGUGAAACAGAUCUGCUAAUGAAAACAUAUCACUAUUACGGUACCAUUCGGAAACGAACCAACCAACAUACCUACAACAGCCAACAAAAAACGAGAUGCGUUCUCCCAUUUUUUCUACCACAAUUCCGCGUAUCAUCAUAAUCUUGGACACGGCCUUUUUCUACCAAAAAAAAAAAAAGAAACAGCACAAUUU